AAUUUUUAAACAGAUAAAAGAUAAUAUAUUUUAUAAUUUCUCAUAUACGGUUAUAUACUACUUAUGAGGUUAUAUACUAUUAUUGACAUGUUGGCCCCUUCAGUAAAAGACUAAUUUCUUGUAGAGCUUCUUUGUUCUAUGCGGCGUUUAACUUGCAGCUUUCUAGGCAAAACUUCUGCAACGAUUCGGUUGCUUUUACAUGAUACUUCAACGGAAAACCAAAGCCUUGCCUUGUUUCGCUUCUACACAUCAGGUUCAACCUCCUCCAGCCCAAGCUUAUCGAUAUGGAGGCGGAAGAAAGAAAUGACCAAAGAGGGCUUGAUUGCAGCCAAGGAGCUCAAGCGCCUCCAAUCCAACCACAUACGACUGGACCGCUUCAUCCGAUCCCACAUCUCUCGCUUGCUCAAAUCCGAUCUCUUAUCUGUUCUCGCCGAGUUCCAAAGACAAGACCAGGUUUUUCUCUCCAUGAAGUUAUAUGAUGUGGUUCGUAAAGAAAUAUGGUACCGGCCAGAUAUGUUCUUUUUCAGGGAUAUGCUUAUGAUGCUUGCUAGAAACAAAAAGGUAGAUGAAUCAAGGCGGGUUUGGGAAGAUUUGAAAAGAGAGGAAGUUUUGUUUGAUCAGCAUACCUUUGGAGACCUUGUCAGAGCAUACUUAGAUAGUGGACUACCAUCAGAGGCCAUGGACAUAUACGAUGAAAUGAGACGAUCCCCUGAUCCUCCUUUGUCUUUGCCUUUUCGAGUAAUUCUGAAGGGGCUCCUUCCUUACCCAGAACUGAGAGAGAAGGUCAAAGAUGAUUUCUUGGAGCUUUUCCCAAACAUGAUUGUGUAUGACCCACCUGAAGAUUUGUUUGGAGAUCAAGAGUCCCAAAGGGAGAGUGAAAGUGAGUAGCGUUUGCUGGUUAUUACCUAGGUUUGCUUAACAAGGGAUGAUGCUAGUCCUCGGGUUUAAAAGGGGUUUGGGUCAAUGCUGAUGGCAGGUAAGAGAGAACCUGUUGAGUACUCCUCUCUUUUGAUGUUAUGAUUUGUGAAGCAUUUUGAAAGGUCUUAGGCCUUUGUAUCUGGGGAAUUAUUUCUCUAACCAAGAAUUGGGGCAAUACUGCAGUAUGCAUUUUUGAACGAAUUGAUAUACAGUCUGAACAUUCCAAUACCAAUUGCAGCUUUUAAAAUUAUGGUAGUUUACCUUUGCAUCUGUUUCUUCAAAUGGGUGUUACAAUUAAUAUUCAAAUUUGCUGCAAUACAUUAUCCUCCUUUAUAUUGUUUAUACUUACAUGGUUGUGAUCAUCUGAAAAAUAAUUAUUCAGUAUUGUUUUGCGUUAAGGUUAAUGGUCAAAUUUCUUCACUUGCCUUGGCCAUUGCUAACUAUUCUUCAGAGAAUCUUCCGGU